GCGGCAUUUAGAACACUGGCGCGUUGGACCAACGCUCCAGUUUAUUUUGCUAUGACCAGAUAGCCUCCAUUUCAUAUUGAUUACUUCUUGGUGAGAAUAAGUGAUUUCGUAAACAUUUUUUGGACGUCCUAUUAUUCGACAAUGUCAGCAAAAAACUUCUCUUCCAAAGAAAAAUUGUUCAAAAUCUUAAAAGAAUUUCAAGCACGGUUUAAUUCUCCGUUUCGACUCUCUGAAGCAACUAAAUGGUGUGAAAGCUACUUUGCACGUGAAGGUGGUAACGUUGAAACCGUUGGCGUGUUUUUAGAAUUUAUCCUGAGCCUGGGAUUCUUGUGUCAGGUUGACCAAAACAUUUUCUUUUCCAGAUAUUACUUUAAUGUGGAAAGGAUUGAGGAAUUUUUCAGCACCUUUUGUGGGUCGAUUAACGAAAGGUCUAUGAAAGGGAAAAUCCGAAUAAAAAAUUCUGAUGAGUCCGGUAUCCGAUCUCUCGAGAAUUCUCAAGACGAUAUAUCAUUUGAAUCUUUGGAAUUUGAAAGUAAUUGCUGUUGUAAAUCUGUCUUAACCAAUAAAAAAUCUCACUUAUGGUUCGAAGAGAUAAUUAGACGUUUAUCCUGUUUAAUGGAAACAAAUAGAGAUGAACUGAUAUCGAUAAUGAAAUCAACUGUUCCACCACUACCACAAGAUCUUAAUGAUUUUUCAAUAAAUAUGGGUACUGCUGCUUACACAAACAGUAUAGUGUUAGAAAAUUGGCAUAAUUGUUUAAAGAAUUCAACGGGAGAAUUAGUCGAUCCUGUGGCUAUUACUUGUCUAGAUGAAUUGUCCAAAUGGCCAAAUAAUAUUGAUCAUCAAUCAGAAGUUUGUGAAAAGAAACAUUCACCGAAUUCAUUUUUGUCUGUUGCAAUUUCUCAUUUAAAAAUCCUCCAACACUGCUAUAUCCCAAAGACAGUAGAAUUACUUUUGGAUUAUAUUUUUCGCAGCUGUCCAGAUGUAAAACUUUUAGCAAUAAUGAAUAGUCUUCUUAAAGGUUGGAUUAAUUCUGUUUCGAAUAAUGCAAAUGAAUUAAAGCUGUUAGAAAAGACACAUUCUCCUAAUGUGAUAAAUUCACAUGUUAAUGAUAAAAAUAGUUUUCAAAAUGUUUUACUCCCACCUUCGACUACACCCUUGAAGGAUACAAACAAUUUAAAUAAAAAAGUCUAUAGACAUUCAAUAUCUAAAGCUGUUGCACCUGACGACAACUCAUUCACUGAAUACCACCCUAUUUCACCGAUUGUGCACUGUCGAAGAUUUCACGUAAGGACAUCUGAUCCUUGUCAGAAAUAUGAAAACUUAAGUAGUAUGUUACUUCAAACGGGCAAAACGAGGAGGCUCAGUGGCUCAGAAUCAUUUUACCAUGAGUCAUAUCGCAUCAAUAAAUAUAUCACAACUAAUUAUCAAGGAGAUUCUGGCAAAUCUAACGAUGAGCGUAAUUUGCCUACUACCUCAUAUACUCAACAUUCAAAUCUUGGUUCAUAUUGUUUAUCCGAUCAGAUACCAAAUGAUCCAAUCUCGUCUAUUCAACAUCACUGGCCUAUCAUGGAGACUUAUGAUUUAGCUCUUGCUUGCCAGCUGGUUUUACUUUUUUUACCACCUUUAAUGUUUUCCCGGUUAAAAAUGAUGGUUGAUCUAUUACGUGGAGUACUAUCAAAUCAUGAACAUUUAGCCUCGUGGUUUGUAAACUAUGGUUCAUAUGAAAAUAUUGAAAAUAAAUCUGCAAGCAUUUUAGCAUCCGAUGUUCCAUCAUCGUUGGAAAUUACAUUGCAUACGAUUGUAAAACAUUUUGGGCCACUACUUUUACGUGUGUCAAGUGAUUCCGCCAAUGAAAAUGCAGUUAAUAGGACAAAUUCACGUAUUUGUUGGAGAGAAUGUCUUCUUUGUUUACUACUUUGUGAUUCAGAAAACUUUCUUUUAACAUUACCCAACAGUUUACAGUAUUAUUUGCAAUCUGUUAACAAUAACAACAGUAUGACCAGUAAUAAUUUAAAAACAGAAAAAACUAUUUUGCACUUGGAAGAGCUUAUUGGAUUAGUUGGUUUCGAAUCACAGGGUUCAAGAAAGCCACGAUUAGCUCAUUCAUCAUCGUCAUCAUCGGAAUGUGUAUCUUCUCCAGCAUGUAUUCCGUCAACCAGAUCAGUAUCGAAUUUUGGCUUAGACUGUAGAAUGCUAAAAUUAAUUAAUUCACGAGAUAAUCCAAUUGAAUUUGCAUCAACUCCUACAAAAAAUGGUAGAAGUAGCAGUUUACAAAACUCUCCACGUUCUACUGAUACUUUAAAUUGUCAUCUUAUGUUUGAUAAAAAUAAUUUAGGUAUUGGAAAUCUAAGUAUAAAAUCACAUUCUACAUUUUUUAUCAGUGAAGAGUCUUCUGAUCGGUUUGGUCGUUCUGAGAAUUGGAGUGUAGAAAAUUCUCUCACUGGUUCAAAUUCAAGUAUAUUUUUGCAGUCUGAUCUAGAUCCUAAACGAUUAGCUGCAUUAGGUAAUACAGCUCAUCUGAUUAAACUUUUAAAUCAAAUUCUCAAUGACCGUGACAUGAAUCCACGUAGAAAGAUGAAAUGUCUUCAAGAUUUUCGCAAAUCUCAUCCAGAUGUAUUUUGGUUACGUUUUCGCAAUGAAGAGAAAGCAGCUAACUAUUUAUCCCGUUUACAACGUCGUAUUGAUUCACAAAAUCCACCUAGUGUUUUUGAACGGUUCACAAAUGCGCUACGUCGUCGACUUCAGAGUCCUGUCAAGCAACAAGAUUAGCUUCAUACUUUUUUAUUUCAAUUGUUCCAUGUAAACAAGUGAAUCAUUGAUUCGACUGUUACCUUCAUUGUAAUUGGUCG